CGAGGAAGGACUGCGGUCCUCAAACCUCAGCCAAUAUGGACUGCUGUAUGUCAGAAGAAGCUAAAGAGCAGAAAAGGAUCAAUCAGGAAAUAGAGAAGGCGAUCAAGAAGGACAAAAGUGCUGCCAGGAGAGAACUCAAACUUCUGCUACUCGGUACUGGUGAAUCGGGCAAAUCCACAUUCAUCAAACAGAUGAGAAUUAUCAAUGGCGCUGGUUACAGCGACGAUGACAAGAAAGGUUUCAUCAAGAACAUCUACCAGAACAUUUUCAUGGCGAUACAGAGUAUGAUACGCGCUAUGGAUAUGCUGAAUAUACAAUACGGGGAUCCAUCUAUGACGGAAAAGGCGGAAUUGGUAUCAUCGAUCGACUUUGAGAGCGUAACCUCCUUCGAGAGUCCGUACCCAGAGGCCAUCAAAGAUCUCUGGAACGACAGCGGGAUCCAGGAGUGCUAUGACCGCAGACGGGAGUAUCAACUCACGGACUCUGCUAAAUAUUAUUUAAGCGAUCUGGCUCGAAUAGAAGCGGCGGACUAUCUGCCGACGGAGCAGGACAUCCUUCGCGCGCGUCAGCCCACUACCGGUAUCCUUGAGUAUCCGUUUGAUCUUGAUGGCAUCAUAUUUAGGAUGGUAGACGUCGGGGGCCAGAGAUCCGAGAGAAGAAAAUGGAUACACUGUUUUGAAAACGUCACCUCCAUCAUAUUCUUAGGAGUUCUUAGUGAAUAUGAUCAAAUUUUAUUCGAAUCUAAUAAUGAGAAUCGGAUGGAUGAGUCAAAGGCGUUAUUUAAGACCAUCAUCACUCAGCCCUGGUUCCAGAACUCCUCGGUCAUCCUCUUCCUCAACAAGAAGGACUUGCUGGAGGAGAAAAUCAUGACGUCACAUCUCGGUGACUACUUCCCUGAGUACGACGGUCCGAAACAAGAUGCUCCAAAAGCCAUGGAUUUCAUACUACAGAAGUUUCUGGCCGAGAACCCCGAUCCAGACAGACAGUGUUACUCCCAUUUUACGACUGCUACAGAUACUGAAAACAUCAAAUUGGUGUUCUGUGCCGUGAAAGAUACAAUUAUGCAGGCUGCUCUAAAAGAAUUCAAUUUGGCUUAA